CAGCGGGAGCGGCGGCUGUGGCGGCGGCAGCGGAGGAUGAGGAUGAGCGGAGCCCGGCUGGGGCUGUGCGUGCUCUGCGGGCUGCCGGCCUCCGGCAAGUCCACCCUGGCCCGCGGCCUCCGCCGCCGCCUGCCGCAGCACCAAGGCUGGGCCUGCGCUCUCCUCACCUACGACGAGCUCAUCCCACCGGAGGCCUUCCGCGCACGGGAGCCGGGGGCGGAACCGGACCCAUCGCUGCCCCACUGGAAGCAGAGCCGGAGGGAGCUGCUGCAGUGCUUGGAGCGGCUCCUGCAAGCGCUGCUCACCGGGGACCCGCUGGCAGCGCCCGGCCCCACCAGCCAGCCUGCCUGGGAGCGCUUCCUGGCCUGCUGCCACCGGCAAGGGCUGCUCCGCUCAAUGGAGGGCGGAGGACAUCGUUACUGCGCGCAGACAGCCGGGUCCGGGCCGCUCUACAUCAUCCUGGAUGACAACUUCUAUUACCAGAGCAUGAGAUAUGAGGUGUUCCAGCUGGCUCGCAAAUAUUCCUUGAGCUACUGCCAGAUAUUUUUAGAGUCUCCACUUGAAUGCUGCUUGCAGAGAAAUCGGCUGAGGAGUCAUCCCUUACCUGACCAGACAAUACAUUUAAUGGCAAGCAAAAUAGAAAUGCCAGAUCUGAAGAAAAAUGCUUGGGAACAAAACAGCCUCAUCCUGCAAAGUUCUGACUGCACUUCAGAGAAUGAGCAGAUCAUCGCUUUGCUGGCUGCUGCCUUGGAAAAUCCGGUGAAGCAAACUGAGGAAAACACUGAGCAAAAGGAAGCCGAUCGGAACAUCUGUGCAGCCAGUGCUGUCCAUCAGGCUGACCAGACCUGCAGACGACUUGUCUCUCAGGCAAUGAAGGAGGCCAGAGAUAAAAACAUCCUGCCAAGUGAGCUGAAGAGCCUGGCAGAAGAACUCAACAAACUCAAAGCAGAGUUUUUGGAAGACGUGAGGCAAGGAAAUAGUUUGAAAAGCCAACUUUCUGUACAAAAUCAGUGUUCUGACCCUGAUACAUCUGGAAUUUCUGUGUUCCAACUGGAGGCAGCCAAUAUAGUUAAUAAAUAUAUUUUUAAAUAA